UGAAGCCCGCCAUGGGUAAAAAGGCUCAUGUUAAAUAAAUUAGUUUUCUUUUUUAACCAGUGUAUAUAUAUAUACACACCUGUCAUAAUUUGAAAAUGAAUUCAAAGCGCGAGUGUAGUUUGCCAUUUCGCUCGAAGCAAGGUUCACAUCGAUGGCGUCCUCAGAGCUAAUAACUACAGAAGUAGAAUCCGAAAAUCACCUUUCUUCUCUCAUCUACGAGAUAUCAAAUGAAGUCCAAGAGAUCAUGGAGAACAUGCUUAAGACGAUCACUGAAAUCAAUCAUAAUUCUGCAGUUAUCGAGGAGGAGAUAGAGAAAUGCAAAGGUUCUGCUCUUGAGAGGAAAAGAGCCUUAAACGAAGAUAGAGAUAACUUUCAAAAAGCUGCUUAUGCUGUUCUUGACAUGCUCAACAGAGAGUAAAGCGCUCUAGUUUGGUUACCGAGGGGCAACCUUGUGCAGUGUGUGCCUUGCUUUAUACCCAGAAAAGAAAAAGAUGAAGAAAAAUAAGGAAUGUAAAGAGAAUGUUACACUGUUUGGGAUGUCAAAAAAUCAGCAUCCAUAUCCACAGACAGAAAUGAACAUGAAGUUUCUUGGGUUGUCAUUUACAGAACCCCCUAGUGUCUGAUAAUUCUUUUUCUUAAUUCCUCUACCGUGUCUAACCACUAUAGAUUAGACUAUUGAAAUUUCGUAUUUCUGUAACUAGAUAGUGGAUCAAGGCUACCUUCUUUAUAUGGAUCUUGAUAUCUUGAAACUUCAUGAAGUGUACCCUCAUUUUGUCUCAGAUGCUGCAAAAAUCAGUGCUCAUCAUAUAUGAAGCGAUUCACAUAUUUGUAUUACUAGUAGCACAUAUAGUCUAAAAACCAAUGUUCACUCAAAAAUAAUGUGUUUGGAAAGGCA